AUGGCUCAUGUGGCAAGCAAAACGUAUCAUGUGCGCUCAGAGGGCAUCUUCCACGGACUGCCAGUCAUUGAUGCUGCUCGGAAGAGCCUUCGAGCUAUAGUUGUUGGCGCAAGUGGUCAGUCUGGUCAACCGGUGGUCGACGUGCUGAGCUCCAGUCCAGAUCGAUGGGAGAAGGUCUAUGCUCUGUCAAGGAGGUCGCCUAAGACAGAGGCGAAGAACGUCGAACACAUAGCAGUGGAUUUGCUCUGGGAGCCAGACCGCAUUGCUAGUGCGAUGCGGAAGCACAAAGUCCAAGCACAAGAUGUCAAGUCGUCGGUGUUCGGGGAUGCAAAUGACUUGGCUGAAACCAAUGGACGGCUCUUUGAGAACUUCCUCCUCGCCUUGGAUCGAGCGGAUAUUCACCCUAAAAGAAUAGUGCUCCAGACUGGGGGCAAGAACUACGGCGUUCACCAAGGACAUGUGAAUGUCCCCCUCACUGAGGGUUCUCCCAGAGUGGAAUUAGAGCCCAACUUCUACUACACCCAAGAGGAUUUGCUGGUGAAAUAUGUCCAAACACACCCUGGGGUCAGCUACAACGUUACUAUGCCACAAUGGAUUUUGGCUGCUGUUGCUGGUACAGACAUGACAAUCUUCUAUCCGCUGGCAGUUUAUGCUUCCAUUCAACGAAAGCUAAAGAAGCCCCUAAAAUACCCCGGUGAUUUGGCAUCUUGGGACAACAAUCAUCCUAUAUCGACGGGUGUCAUUCUCGGUACAUUUUACGAAUGGAUGGUACUGACCGACGACACCGCAGGCGAAUCUUUCAAUAUCACCGACGGAUCAGAGUUCACAUUUUCCAAACUAUGGCCGAUUCUGGCGUCGUGGUUUGGUUUGGAGUGGCUUCCCCCUCAACAAGAUGGCAGCUACCAUGAGGUAGAGCUGCCAUAUGUUCCGAGAGGAUAUGGCCCAAAAGGCAAGCUCCGAUCGACUUUCAGCUUCAUCGAUUGGGCAAAGGACCCAGCAACUCGACAAGCCUGGACUGAGCUGAAACAAGAACAUGAACUCAACACCGAGCCUUUACAGAAUCCCGAGAGGACGUUUGCUUUCCUACAAUUUGCGCUCGAGCUAACAUGGUCUUGGUCAACGAGUAUGAACAAGGCCCGCAGGUUUGGGUGGCAUGGUCAUGUAGAUUCCAUCGAAUCUAUGCACGCUGUGUUCAAAAAGUUUGCAGAAAUUAAAAUGCUUCCGCCGUUCUGA